AUGGCUACUCAGGACUUCGCUGCCCAGCCCGUGCCCUCCGGGACUUCCUCUGCAGAGGCGCUAGUCUGCAGAGGCGCAGCCGAGCUGGCCGGGCGGGCAGGGCCAGACCCCCUGCAGAAGCCCCCCUACUCCUAUGUAGCGCUGAUCGCGAUGGCCAUCAAGGAGAGCCCUGAGCAGCGGCUGCCCCUGAGUGGGAUUUACCGGUACAUCGUGGGUCGCUUCCCCUACUACGAGCGCAACCAGAAGGGCUGGCAGAACAGCGUCCGGCACAACCUCAGCCUCAACGAGUGCUUCGUGAAGGUUCCCCCGGACGGCGGCCCCGGCGCCCCCGGAGAGCGCAAAGGCAACCUGUGGGCCCUGGACCCGGCCUUCCAGGAUAUGUUCGACCAGGGCGAUUAUCGUCGUCGCCGCCGCCGGCGCCCCCGCCCCCGCGUCCCGCAGCCCCCGGGGCCCCCGACAGGGCAGUCCCCUACGCCAUCGCCCCUCGCCUUAGCGGAACUGCCCUGCUGCCUGCCCCAGCGUCCGCUCUACCUGCUGGGCGAGCCCUGGGCGCUGGGCCAGCCGCAGCCAGCCUACUUGCAGCCAGGCUGUGCCCCUGCUGUCGGGGGGCCACCCGGGAGCUACAGUGCCUUCUCUCAGAGCCCCGGGUUCUGCCAGCCUCGGAGUCCUGGGGAGCCCGGAAGCGGCUACCGCGCCGCAGCCCCGGCUGCAGCCGCACCCCUGCCCAUCCACUGGAAGGGAGCAGGAGCUGUCCAGCAUCCAUGGAGCGUCGGCGGCCGCCCUCAAGCGGGACUUCUGACUGCAGGUGUUCCCCAGGAAUUCCCACCCCAGCUCUCCUCCCCACCCUCCGCCCAGCUAGACUUCUGA